UUCAUAUUACUCUGCACCACCCUCCUUCUCCCCUUCUUCUCUCCCUUCCUUCUCCUCCUCUGUUCGUUCUCUUGCUCUUUAGCAGCCACCAAACACCGCACGGCCCUCCUCUGCCUCUGGAGUUCUGUAGCUGUUUUCCGUAGGAAGAAGCAGGGACAGGGACAGAGGCAGAGACAGAGAGAGGGAGAGAGAUGGGGAAUUGCCAGGCCAUUGAUGCGGCGACGCUGGUGAUCCAGCACCCAUGUGGGAAGGUGGACAAGCUGUACUGGCCCGUUUGCGCCGGCGAGAUCAUGAAGAUGAACCCCGGUUACUACGUGGCUCUCCUCAUCUCCACCGCCUUGUGUCCGCCGCAGCAGCCGCAGCCGCAUAACAGCGCCGCUCAUGCCAAGGAGAAAUGCUCUGCCCCUGCUGCUGCCCCUGCCCCUGCCGCUGCCGCUGCCGCGGCGACCGAUAGUAAUUCUGUCCGCGUGACCCGCAUUAAGCUUCUCCGGCCCACGGAUACUCUUGCUCUUGGCCAAGUUUAUAGGCUCAUCACUGCCAAAGAGGUUAUGAAGGUUUUAUCGGCUAAGAAGCAUGCAAAGAUGAGGAAGGGCCAGCAUGAGAUCAAGGUGGAGCAUGAAGAGAAGCUGUCUUCAUCUGGGCUGGAGAUAAUAGCACCAAGAAGAUCUGAUUCAUCUGAAACGAGGAAAGAAAACCAGGUGGCGAGACAUGAGAGACACAGGCAGAAGACAAGUACAGCAUCAAGUAAUUCAGCUGCCAACAGGCCAAAAACGUGGCAACCCUCGUUACAGAGCAUCUCUGAGGCAGCAAGUUGAAGUUUUCUUCUGGAUGUUUGACAGAUAUGAUUGAAGUGUCUUGUGGGUUCUGAUAACUCUGCUAUAUGCACUCAACGGGUCUUUCUUCGAAUAGUGGAAAUUCAGAUGUUUCACAGAGAGAGAGAGAGAGAGAGAGAGAGAGAGUAAGAACUCAUCUUGGAAGUGUUGAUAUUUGCCAAAUCUUUGCUUGUAUAGAGGGGAAAAAGAUGAAGCAAUCCCAUGUAAUCAAUUUGCUGCUCUUCUUAAUGAAAUUUGGGCAGGAUUACAAUUGACAAA